AUGGGCCGCACAGAGCCCUCGGUUGGCCGCCCACCCGCCAGCGUCCGCCGCGACGCCCGCGCCAAGCAGGCCCGCGCCACCCUCAACAAGGUGAUCCCGGCGAUGCUGGCCGCGCAUCCGCGCGCGCGCCGCGGCGUCGACGCCUCGGAGCUCAUCGUCGACCCACCGCCGGCCCCCGCGCCCGCCGGCAACGGCGCGGGCGACGGGCCCCAGGACUGCGAAGACCAGGGCAGCGUCGGCGCUGCGCCUCGUCCCGGCCCCCGCGUCUCGCUGCGCGUCGCGGACACGCUGGCGGCGGCGUACGAGCUGCUCCUCGUGGGCGCGCCGCCCGGGGCCAGCAACGGGCCGGCGGGGCAGACCGGUGGAGAAGAAGACGCCGGGCGAGAGGGGCGGCCGCAGCGGCGCGACCUGGCGAACACGUCGGCGCGCGUCGCGGUGCUGAACAUGGCGUCGCCGCUGGGCGGCGGGGGCGGGUUCCGCAGCGGGGCGACGGCGCAGGAGGAGUCGCUGUGCGCGCGCACGGCGCUGCUGCCCGCGCUGCGCGACGAAUUCUACCGGCUGCCGGAGCUCGGCGUCGUGUUCACGCCGGACGUGCUGGUGUUCCGCGGCGGCGACGGCGCGGCGCUGCCGAAGCCCCGCCGCUGGUUCGUCGACGUCGCGUCGGCCGCCAUGCUGCGCAUGCCCGAGGUCGCCGCCGACGCGGCGACGGGGCGCGCGGCGUACGCGGCGCCCGCGGACCGCGACCUCGCCGCGCGCAAGAUGCGCGCCGUGCUCCGCGUCCUCGGCGCCUGGGGCUGCGGCGCCUACGGCAACCCGGUCGCCGAGAUCGCGCGCGCGUGGAGGCGCGUCCUGCGCCCGGGCGGCACCGCCGAUGCGGAGGGGGACGUAGGCCGCGAGGAGGAGCAGAGCGCCGGGAAGCAGAAGGGGAAGCACCGCGGCAGAGCGCGGGCGAAAACCCGCGACGAUGCCGGCGCGUGGGGCGCGAUCGAGCAUGUCGUCUUCGCGAUCCAGGAUGCGCGGAUGGCGCGUGCGUUCGCGGCCGCGUUCGGGCCGGCGCUGCUGGACCCGUGUGACGUGCGGCCCGGCCCGCCUGCGUGCAGCCCCCGCGCGAGCAGCGAGGACGAGGGCGAGGGCGGCGCCGAGGUGGCCGAGCUCCGCGCCAAGGUGCGCGAGCUCGAGCUGCGUGUGGCGGCGGCGCCGACGCCCCAGCUGCGUGCCGGCCUCGCGGCCGUGCUGGCGGGCCUCCGGAGCCAGUUGCCCGCCUCUCGCGACGGCGACGACGAGGGUGACGGGGAGGCGGCCGAGGGCGGAGAAGGGUCCGGCGAGGAAGAGUCGGUGUCGAAUGAAGACGGGGAGGGAGGCCGUGCUGGAGGUAGUAGGUAG